AGUGUCCAAUCGCGUCAGGACUCUCCAGACAACACAGCAGUGUACAACUGAGAGAGGGGAAACACAGCAGUGUAUAACUGAGAGAGGAGAAGUGAGAGCGUUGUGUGAUUAGUCUACCUGUCCCAUCUCACUGGCUGCGUCUCAUUUCCUCCCUGCACUUCGCCAAGAUAUCAAGGCAGACUGAUUACAGAUUGAUCAAUCCUGAGCAUCAAAUGUCCAGAAUGACACAUUUAUUUGUGUGUGUUGGUGCACUGCUAACUUUAGCGAACAUCAUGGAAGCGAGGCCCAAAGCAGCUGGAAAUGAAAAGUGUAAGUCUGGCCCGGUUGACCUUGUAUUUAUAAUUGAUGGCUCGCGCAGUGUUCGAUCACACGAGUUUGAGACAAUGCGCAAGUUUAUGGUUGACAUCAUCAGUGAGAUGGACAUCAGCCCCAAUGCUGCCCGUGUCGGUGUUGUUCAGUACUCCAGUCAAGUACAGAAUGUAUUUUCCCUGAAACAGUACAUCACCCAUGAGGAUAUGGUCAAGGCCAUCAAAGAUAUCAUUCCACUGGCACAGGGCACGAUGACAGGCCUGGCUAUCCGUUAUGCUAUGAAUGUGGCAUUCUCUGCUGAAGAGGGGGCUCGGAACAAUGUGCCUCACGUAGCAGUGAUUGUUACUGAUGGGCGGCCUCAGGACCGUGUUGCUGAGGUAGCUGCGGCUGCUCGAGAGUCUGGGAUUGAGAUUUUUGCUGUAGGCGUAGCCAGAGCUGACAUGACAUCCCUGAGAGCCAUGGCAUCGCCACCUUUUGAAGACCAUGUCUUCCUAGUGGAGUCCUUUGAUCUCAUUCACCAGUUUGGGCUCCAGUUCCAAGACAAGCUUUGCAAACUUGAUCUUUGUGUUGAGUCUGACCAUGGAUGUGAUCAUAUCUGUGAGAGUUCUCCUGGCUCCUAUCAGUGUCUCUGUCUGCCAGAUUACACACUCCAAGAUGAUGGCAAGACCUGCAAAGCUAUUGAUUUGUGUAUGGAGGAAAAGCAUAACUGUGAGCAAAUCUGUAUCAGUUCUCCUGGGUCUUUCAACUGUGACUGCAAUAUAGGCUAUGCACUCAAUGAAGAUAAGAGGACCUGCACAAUGAUAGACUACUGUUCAUUUGGAAAUCAUAGCUGUGAGCAUGAGUGUUCCAGCAUCCUUAAUGACUUCAACUGUUACUGCAAGGAAGGAUACACUCUGAAUGAUGACAAAAAGACCUGUACAAUGAUCGACUACUGCAAAUUUCGCAAUGAUAGCUGUGAGCACGAGUGUGUGAGUGUGCUUCAGAGCUUUUAUUGCCGCUGCAAUGAAGGAUAUACUCUCAACGAGGAUGAAACAACUUGUGCAAUGAUCAACUACUGUUCAUUCGGAAAUGAUAGCUGUGAGCACAAUUGUGUGGGUGUUCUUAACAGCUUUUACUGCCAGUGUAAUGAUGGAUACAAACUAAACAACGAUGAAAGGACCUGCACAAUGAUUGACUACUGUUCGUUUGGAAAUGAUAGCUGUGAGCACAAGUGUGUUAGCAUUCUCAACAGCUUUUACUGCCAAUGUAAUGAUGGAUACCAACUCAAUGAUGACAAGAAGACCUGUACAAUGAUUGAUUAUUGUUCAUUUGGGAAUCACAGCUGUGAUCAUGAAUGUGUAAGUGUAUUAAAUGGAUUCCAGUGCCACUGUAAUGAUGGAUACACACUUCAAGGCAAUGGAAAGACCUGUCAUGCGGACAAUCUGUGUAAUAUAGUAGCGCAUGGGUGUGAGCAUCGGUGUGUGAGUACAGCAGGAUCAUACCACUGUAUCUGCCCCGAGGGUCAUCUUCUACAAGAUGAUGGAAAAAGCUGUGGAAGCUGCAGAUCAUCCAACAUCGAUCUGGUUCUCUUGAUUGAUGGCUCUAAAAGUGUACGGCCACAAAACUUUGAGCUCAUCAAGCAGUUUGUCAACCAGGUUGUGGACCAACUAGAUAUCUCUGCUCAUGGGACACGUGUGGGUCUUGUGCAAUACUCCAGCCGGGUGAGGACUGAGUUCCCAUUAAGUAUGUACAAAAGCAAGAAGGAGAUCAAGGCAGCUGUAAUGAAAGUAGCCUACAUGGAGAAAGGAACCAUGACAGGACUGGCACUAAAGCACCUGGUGCAUCAUAGCUUCUCUGAAGCUGAGGGUGCCCGCGCUGCUUCAAGGAACAUACCUCGUGUUGGGCUGGUAUUUACUGAUGGACGUUCUCAAGAUGACAUAACAGAGUGGGCCAAGAAGGCCAAGGAAUCAGGAAUUACAAUGUAUGCUGUUGGUGUGGGCAAAGCUGUAGAGGAUGAGCUGAGAGAGAUUGCAUCUGAGCCAGUGGAGAAACAUUUCUUCUACACCUCAGACUUCACUGCUAUUAACCAGAUUGCAGAGAAUCUCAAACUCAAUGUCUGUCCAGAGGAGAGUCAAGGUGAAAUAGAAGUGAAGGACCCUUGUGCUUGUGACAAUCUUGUGGAGUUCCAGCAGGCUACAAUUGUCACUCUAAAACAGCUUAACCAGAAACUGUCAGCAAUGACUACACGAAUGGAGUAUCUGGAGAAGCAGCUGCUCAAAAGAAAAUAAUUAUUACAUCAUUUGCAAGAGCUUUCGGGGGAUGAGCUUGUUAUGUAAAAUUUGUUUUAUAUAACCAGUGGUCUGUGGAUUUUGAACAUACAUUUACAUUAAGAAUAACUGUGCAUGACAAUACAUGCACUGGAGUCCAUACUAUAUGCAGUUUUCAUUGUACCCUGUUUAUAUCUGCCAGUUUUAUAGCAAUUAUUAAAAAUAUUUAUGAUCCGUUUUUCAUAUUAGCACUGCUCAAUAGUGUACAGUUAACUAAUUUUCAAUUUUUUAUAAUGUUUUUGUCUAGUGAUUUUAUUAGAAUGACAAAUUUCAUUAGAAACUACUUAGAUAUAAAUUACAGAUGACAUAUUUAAGGAAAAACCAACAGAAUGUGUCCUAGAAAAGUGUCACUACACACUACCAGUAUCACAUCAGUAUGUCUUCACGUAGAUUCUGUGAGUCUUUGGAAUUAUACUAAAGGGAUGGCACUCUUUUAAUUUCAGAGAUACUGUAUUUCCUCAAUUACUGUUUUGGUCUCGAUAAAGAUUGGAUAAAGUCCAAAAUUGCCCAUAAGAGUUCCCUAAAGCUAAGACCUGCUGUGAAGGCAAUAUCAUAUGAUUUAGUACUCAUUAAACCAAUCAGUGAGCCCUCUUGUCCUGUAGAUGGCAACAUUGUCAUCUGGAAUGAAGCCACUUCGACGAGGAAAAUAAUUGGGAUAAAAUUGAUCAGUUGAAGAAAAAAAAUUGGAUUGUCAUCCAUCUGAAUGUAUAGAAUAAAUUGCUUUCUGAAUUGCAUUAAUUUUAAAUGACCUUUAAAUUUAAAAAUGACCUGGUUCAGCUAUAGUUGAGAAAAGGAUGCACACACCUACAGGAUUAAUAUGAAUCCCAUACUUUUUGUUCUGAAACUGUAUGAUAAUUCUUUUAUAGUGGCCAGCAUGUGAACUGAAUAUAAUGAUUUUUUUUCCUUAUUAGUUUGAAUUCUGGAGUAAAUAUUAUUUUCUGAUCUGUGUUAAACAGCUUC